CCAUGCGCUAUUAGUAUCCGCGGAAUCGAGCAACCUGUCGCACGUUUCUCAUCGACGAUCGGUGAUAGCUCGUGUCAGGGACACGAUCAGUCUCAAGACAAGUCUCCUGCGGAGUCCUUUCGGUUUAUCACGGUUUAUCGUUCGCCAAUUCUAUCCGUCUAUCUGUUUGAACAUCUCGAUUUAUCAAGGCAGCAGCUCAUCAGUGAUAUCGUCCAAUCGAAACUAGAUCAGCCAAAAUGAAAAUUGCCGCCACGUUAUUUCUUUUCGUGGUCGUCGGAUGCACAUGGCGAGAGGCGCUAAGCACGUGUGUGUUUCAAUCGGACUUUGGUUUUGCGCUAAACUGUGCUUUCAAAAAAUCCGGGCUCUUCCGGGUCCGAAAUCUCGGAGGUCUAAAGGGUUACGUCGGCCUGGGAUUUUCCGUCGGAGACGAGUUAGGCUUCAGUCAGUCGCUCUCUAAUUUGGAAAGCGCAAAAAGAAGAAGCGUACAAACAAACAGAGUUAAUGGUGUGGCAUUUAAUCCUUUAAAUGUGGCAAACAAUCGUGAUGAUACGCGUGCUACAUCGCUAAAUACUCGCCAAGUGGUACCACCCUUUAAGCCUUUGCCGAUCGGCCCACCGCGACCGAUGGCCCAGCAACCUGAACGUCAGAAACUCGUGGUAAACUCAACAGCCAUUAAAACAGCACCGGUGAUGCCAUUGGCGCAACAAGAAGUUAUGCGCCAACAACAGCAGCGAAUUAAUCAAGAAAUCAAGCAGAAGCAACAUCAGAGAAUGCAGCAGGAAGCAUUGGCGUUACAAAUGCUGAAGCAACAACGUCUGCAGCAACAGGAAGCUAUGAGGCAGCAACAGAUGCAAAAGAUACAACAACAACAACAACAACAACAACAACAGCAGCAGCAACAGCAAAUGCUCGCGCAACGACAGCAUAUCAUAGCGAUGCAGAACAAGAAGGAUCAAGUGAUUCCACCACCACAAGUGAUAGCAGUGGCGAAUGUGACGCCAAAAUUGCCCAGUGUUGCCGUGAUUCCGCCAAAUAGUAUGAUCGACAGUAAAGUCGUUUUACCGUCAUUGUCCAAGGUAACGACCAAUUUGGUUUCAUCGAAUAAUGCCUUGCCAGCUUUCAUCGCGAUGCCGCAGUCAUCGGCGAAGCUUACAAAUAGGAUUAGUAAUAGUGGCACCUUGCUGCAGGAUUCCGACAAUGAAAUAUUACAUGAGAAUUAUCAGUUGCCUUUGCCGAGUGACGAAAUGGCUGCAUCGGUGAACGAAAUGACAUUGCUUUCGUUUCAGCCUGCCGCUACAGUGGAAAACAGUCAGUCGCUGCCGCUUCAACAAAACGAGAAACGACAGUCUUUACCUGACAGUUUACCGUCUUUGGCCCCUAUUCAGGGAAUGGAAACGUCCUUAAAAGCCCUCGCAGAGGCAAGUAAUAUUACACUAGAAGCUUUGGAGGCAGCUAUUCUCCUGAGACAACAGCAGCUACUUAAAAAGCAGCAGGGACCCACGACUAUAAGUACUACUACUACGACAAUGAGCACAGUCGCACCUCUGAAAAAUAAAUACAAUUCCGGAGCUACCAAAGUAAUGAACGCGCCACGCGAAUACUAUCCCGUGGGGUAUGAUAAAAAUUUUGAUGAUAAUUUUGCAAGUCGCGUUGAUCUACCCGACACAAGCUUCUAUUGUGGCGAUCAAAAACAUUUCCCAGGUCUCUAUGCCGACGAAGAUCUUGGAUGUAUGGUGUUUCAUGUCUGCGCACUGACGGACGACGGUCUAAUUAUGAAGAGUUUUUUGUGUCCGGAAUCGACGUUAUUCGAUCAAACAAUUCUAAAAUGUAACUGGUGGUUCUAUGUGGACUGCAAAGCUUCAAAGAGUCUGUACGAUAGCAAUAUACCUAUCAGCAAAAGCUAUCAAUUGAUGAAGGCCUUGGCGUUCUUUUCGGCGUAUAAGAAUCACGACAACAGCACAAGCAGCGCACAAGAGAGCGAAGAUAGUUCUUGAAUUAAAUAGCUCAGCAAUCAAAGAUAUGUAGAAUCGUUAAUGUUAAGUUCAAUAUUCAAUGUCACUCGAUGUCAUAAAAUCAAAAUUAAAUAUAGAGAUCACUGUAUCAAUAUUUCCACGAUGCGAUCUUUCGUCUAGUUUGGAAAUGAGCCGAAGCUCUUGUCGAAUAUGAUGAGAGAGAGAGAGAGAGAGAGAGAGAGAGAGAAACUUGUAUAUAUAAUUUAUUUUGUUAAGAGAAACUCUCUAUAAAUAUCCUAUAGAUUAAGAUUUUACCUUUUAUUGUAAAUAGUAUGUAUUUUUGGCUUGUCCAAGUUGUUGAAUAAUAACAUUAUAUUAAUAAUA